AUCCUGUUCACAGCUCACUCGUCUCGGACAUGUUUUACAGUUUAUAAUCCAAACGUACGCCACCAAAUAACAGCUGGGAGGUAAAAAUCCCUUUCCUACCAGCCCCCUCCUCCUUCUCCUCCUCACUCCCUCCGCCCCCUCGUCUCCUGCGAUGUUUCGGACGAGUUCCCACAGGUUCCCCGAGCCCUCCUUCCUUCUCCCCGCCCCGGGCCCCGGUGCUGAAACACCGCUAUCUGCCUGACAUUCCUCGGAUACCGACACCAGCCGAGCUGACACAUCACCUGGCUACAGUCAGGAUAACAUGGCAGGUAGCCGUUCAGAGUGACAUGUCAAGGUAACAAGUACUAGCCAAUCACAGUGCAGGAUGGUGGGACUUGGCGAAGAACUGGAAGAAAAUAACGCUGAACACCCACCACGGAAGAAAUGCAGGCAGAACUACAGCGCUUCAGUCUGAAGGGGAGAUAUUGAAAGGAAGCCGGGGAGUUGAACAUCAAGAAAAAAGAGAUUUAGCAGUGCCAGGAGAAACUGAAGAAAACAAAGAUGGAGUUGUGGCGCCAGUGUGCAAUGUGGUUGAUUGAGUGCCGUGUUCUUCCUGAGAACCACCGGGUCACAUGGGAGGGUGCACAGGUGUGUGACCUGGCUCAAGCUCUGAGAGAUGGCGUGCUGCUGUGCCAGUUGCUUAACAACCUGCUGCCUCAGGCCGUGAACCUGAGAGAGAUCAACCUGCGCCCACAGAUGUCCCAGUUCCUGUGCCUGAAGAAUAUCCGAACAUUUCUGGGAGUUUGUCAAGAGAGGUUUCAUCUCAAAAAGAGUGAACUUUUUGAAGCCUUUGACCUGUUUGAUGUACGAGACUUUGCAAAGGUCAUAGAAACUUUGUCCAUCCUGUCACAUUCAUCCAUUUCAAUACAAAGAGGCCUUCAGCCUUUUCCUUUAGGAGGAUGCACUCCUGAUGAUGAGAUCUACAGCGGUCUGUCUGACCAGAUAGAUGACACAGUGGAUGAGGAUGAGGACUUGUAUGACUUUGUGGAGGAUGAGGAGAAUGAAGGGGAUGAGAUCUAUGAAGACUUGAUGAGGACAGUUGAACAACCAGAAACUCAGCAGAAGACCGGGGUAGACAAACGAGAGUGUUGCCUGCAGGAGAUCAGACAGACAGAAGAGAAAUACUCCGAAACACUGGAAUCUAUAUUACUGCACUUUAUGAAGCCUCUUGAAAAGUUUCUCCUGGCUGAAGACAUUGAGAGUAUCUUCAUCAACAUAGAGGAGUUGGCCAACACGCAUCGUAAUUUGUUGAAGGAGGUCCGGACUUCCAUCGGAAAUUAUGGAGCCAAGAACCUCCACCAGGUGUUUCUGAGCUACAAGGAGAGACUCUUACUCUACGGUCGUUACUGUAGUCAGGUGGAAACAUCGACGAAACACCUAGACAAGCUUUCAAAUACGAGGGAAGACAUCAGGAUGAAACUGGAGGAGUGUUCAAAGAGAGCCAAUAGUGGACGUUUUUCUCUCAGAGAUUUACUCAUGGUCCCUAUGCAGAGGGUCCUCAAAUACCACCUGCUGUUACAGGAGCUGGUGAAACACACCACUGACCCUACAGACAAGGAGAACCUCCGCACAGCUCUUGAUGCCAUGAGAGACCUGGCGCAGUGUGUGAAUGAGGUGAAGCGAGACAAUGAGAUCAUCAGACAGAUCACCACCUUCCAGUUGUCAAUAGAAAACAUGACUCAGUCUCUAGCACUCUUCGGUCGCCCCAAGAUCGACGGAGAGCUGAAGAUCUGCAGUUCGGAGAAAAAGUCUAAACAGGACAGAUAUGCAUUCCUCUUCGAUAAGGCCAUGUUUGUCUGUAAGAAGAAGAGUGGAGAGACUUUUGAGCUAAAGGAGAUCAUUGAACUACAGCACUACCAGAUACGAGAUGAAACAGCAGGAGAGAAGGAUAAUAAGAAGUGGUCCUAUUUGUUCCUUCUGCUCGACUGCUAUGGGAGGUGCGGGUACGAUUUAUUCUUCAAAACCAGAGAACUGAAGAAGAAAUGGCUGGAACAGUUUGAGAUGGCUCUAUCAAAUAUGUCUCCGGAGAACUUCAAUGCCAACAACCAUGACUUCCAGAUGCACUGCUUUGAGGAAACCACCUGCUGCAAGGCCUGCUCAAUGCUGUUAAGAGGGAUAUUUUUCCAGGGCUACCGUUGCACUCGCUGUAAAAUGGCUGCACAUAAAGAGUGUUUAGGCAGAGUCCCUGCCUGCGGACGCAACUCAGACCACGCGGGCACUGUGAGGAAGAAUAAGACACACAGGUCCUCCGGGCAAACCGGCGUCGGUAAGAAAGGAUUUCCUAAGAUGGAGGUGUCCCAGGAGUAUUAUGGCUUGCCGCCGCCCCCUGUGGGCUUCGGCCAACCACUUCACCUCUCCAAAGGCGACAUCAUUGAGCUGACCCGGGCUGAGGCUGACCUGCCAUGGUGGGAGGGAAAAAACCUGACUGUUGGUCAAAUGGGAUGGUUCCCAUGCAACAAAGUCCAGCCCUACAUCUCUGUGAGUAUAAGUGAAAGGCCGACCCCUGACCUGUCUGGCUUCAACUGGUUCGCGGGGAACAUGGACAGAACGGCUGCAAAAAACCUCCUAAUGUCCCGGUCUGAUGGAACCUUCCUGGUGCGGCAGAAAGAUGGAGGAGAGUUUGCAAUCAGCAUCAAGUCUCCCAGGUUCAACAUGGACAUCAGACACAUUAAGAUCACCUCCACUGAAGGCCUGUACCGCAUCAAUGAUAAGAAAGCAUUCAAGGGUUUAAUCGAGAUGAUUCAGUUUUACCAGCAGAACUCUUUGAAGGAGUACUUUAGGGAUGUGGACACCACGCUGUGUACGCCUUACAAACAACCAGAGCAAUGCAACUCGUCUAACAACACGCCGAAUACCACACCAGGGGGCAGCAUGAGGAGUUUCGGCGUAGCGAGGGCCAGAUAUGACUUCUCAGCCAGGGACCGCUCUGAGCUGUCGCUGCGGGAAGGAGACACCAUCAAGAUCAUCUCCAAAAAAGGUCACAGCGGUUGGUGGAGAGGAGAAGUGUACGGCCGGGUGGGGUUCUUUCCAGCCAACUACGUGGAGGAGGAUUACUCUGACUACUGCUGACUUGGCUGCAGAGUCGGUGUUCCCAAAUGUCCCAAAUGUGCUGGAUGAGGUUGAGAUCAGGCCUCUGUGCUGACCAGUCAAGCUCUUCAACACCAAACUGGGAAAAACUGUUUCUUUGUGGACUUGGCCUUGUCUUUUUGACACAGGAAAGAGACUUCCUCAAACUGCUGCCACAAAUUUAGAGGCAGACCAUUGUCCAAAAUAUCAUUGUGUGAUGUAACAUUAAUAGUGUGUCUUAAAGUCUUACAGUCAGGUUCCCAAAUGAACAUUGAAACAGGUUUUAUUCACUGUAAUAAUUCCUCCUGUUCAUACUGACCAUUAGAAGAAC